GCGCUGAACCCCAUCCUGGCGGCGGACGUACGCAAAAAGUAGCAGCUUCUAGAGAUGGCUGCCGCAGAUGGAAUGCAACAGCGGCAACAACCGAAGAAAAUAAGAAAACGGAAGUCUGGUGGUUGCAAGUACUGUUGCGUGAACGGCUGUCAUAACAACUUGAAAACUGGGAGAGGUAUUGUUCUCUACCACUUCCCCGGCAGGGAAUACCAAAUGCAACAGCGGGCAGCGUGGAUAAAAGCCGUUGGCCGCAUCAAUGAGGACGGAUCACCAUGGGAACCAACCAAAUUUUCUCGUAUCUGCAGCGAUCACUUUGUUGGUAACAAGAAGAGCACCAUUGAGAAGGACCCUGGUUACAUCCCAACUGUGUUCAAACCAUGGCACAUCCGAAAUGUCCCUGUACCAAGGAGAGGUCCGAGCUUGAAGAAAGCCAAGGCCGAGAUGACGUUCGUCAACUCCACUGAAGGUGUUGAGAAGGAGGCUGAGGGACCCCCAGAAGCCAAGCGGCUCAAGAUGGAUUUAGAUGAUGUGUUGAGCAGUGACUGUGACAUGUUCAAGGUUGUGGAUGAGGUCAUCAAGAACAUGGACCUGGAAAAGAUGUGGCAGCAGAAACUGCAGAAGUUCGCAGAGCGUCUGGGUUACAUCAACGAACUGGAGAAGCAGUUCAUCGAGAUCGACAUAACGUUUGACAAAAUGGAACGGGACCUGGCAAAACUAAAGGCAAAGAGGAGUAGAAGGCAAGCGGAGGCUCUGAACUUGCCGGAGAUCCAUUUCAUGGAUGUGUUUGUCCGAGAGGGCUCACGUUUGAUGAACACUGUGCAUACCAGCACAUUCCAGUCAAAUGAUGCUUACAGAAAGCUCGAUGCUAUGCAGCAGGUACAGCGGACAGCGCAAAAGAAAGCCCCAGUGCAAUCUGGACAAGCCAAGAGCACACAGCCAGAUGAGAUAGUCCCUGUGGGAAAGUUCACACACAAGGUUCCCAACCUGCCACCUGAGGGUCCUGUCGUACGGAAGGAGCUGGAUGUAUCGUCUAAGGUGUACGCCACCCGUAGCUUCCCAUUGGGUGUCUUCUACAAGGCGCGUAUUGCCCAGGUCAUACCGCCCUCGAGCCCAGACAGGGAGACCUUGUACAAGGUGAAGUUUGAUAGCCGCAAGUCUUUGGCCGGCAACAGCUUCUCAGCACGGCAGAUGUCUUAUGUGGAUCCCCCGUCUGUGAUUCUCCCGGUGGGGUCCCGAAUCGUAGCCACUUACUCGGAUGAGUCAUGGUCCCCACGACAGUCGCUGUACGCAGGCAUCAUUGCAGAGCCUCCCAAACCGCUCAACCGGUACCGGUACCUGAUAUUCUUUGAUGAUGGCUACGCCCAGUACGUUGCGUUUGACAAGGUCUAUUUGAUGUGUGGAACAUCGAAAGGCGGAGUAUGGGAAGACAUGCAUGAGGAUGUGCAGGACUUUGUCCGUGGUUAUCUGGAGCAGUAUCCGGAACGCCCAAUGCUUCGGAUGCAGAAGGGACAGACUGUGAAGACAGAAUGGAAGGGGAGGUGGUGGGCAGCACGGGUGAUUGCCGUUGACGCGAGUCUCGUUAAGAUGGCGUUUGAAGCAGACGAGAGGACAGAAUGGAUCUAUCGUGGGUCGACACGUUUUGCGCCGCUCUUUGCCGCGUUGCACCAUGCUGCACCAUCGCAAGGCGGGAGAGUAAGGCGGCACAAUUUGAUGCCGGCAAUGCAUCGGCAACAUCGACCAGUUGUAGAGUACACAAGGUCGAUUGACGAUCGAAAAGAUGAAGGCAAGAAGAAUGGGCAGAAGAACUUUGCAAGAAAGUCCACGACGCAAGAGAGAAAAGAUGGAGAGGUGGGUUCCACGGUGGUGGGGACACCGCUUUCUCAAGCUGGGACGAGGGAGAUACUGAAGCUGCCCAACUAUAACGAGGCUGACGAGAAGACUUUCGUGGCUCACAAUUGCUCGUCGAAGUGCAUCACGGUCGAUGAUGAUCCAGAUAAGCAUCUUGGAAUUAACCUCCUGGUAAUACCGUGCAAGUACGGCUGGCGGAGAUGUACGAUCAAACCAAGUAAAAAGAGCAGGCGCCUGGUAUCCUACACUGCACCAUGUGGACGCCGAGUGCGCGGCUACGCAGAGCUGCUCCGUUACCUCAGGGCUACAAAGUCAAAGUUGACUGUGGACUUGUUCUGCUUCGACAGCAGUGUGAAUGUGUUCUGCCAAUUUGUACCUCAAACUGUGUUGACCUCCAUCAAGGACCUCACUUACGGAAAAGAAUUAGUGCCUGUGUCGUGUGUCAAUAGCUUGGACAACACGUACCCGCCUUACGUAGAGUACUCAGCAUCGCGUUACCCAGGGAAGAACGUCGUGCUCAACCUUGACUCUGAAUUCCUAUGUGGAUGUGACUGCGAGGAUGACUGCCAGGACAGAGAUAAGUGUGCUUGCCAACAGCUGACUGUGUCUGCCACUGAAGCCCUGCCAUCGGGACGCAACCCGGAAGCAGGCUACAAGCAUCGUCGCCUUCCCGAGCCCCUCAUCACGGGAGUCUACGAAUGUAACGUUAACUGCAAGUGCUCCAAGGGUUGUCUCAACCGUGUGGUGCAAAACGGGCUGCGGACUAGACUGCAGGUCUUCAUGACCGAGAGGCGUGGCUGGGGAAUACGCUGCCUGGACGAUAUUCCACAAGGCAGCUUCGUGUGUGUAUACGCUGGUCAGCUGCUCAAUGAGCAAGGUGCAAAUGAGGAUGGGAACCAGUAUGGCGAUGAGUACUUGGCCGAGCUGGACCACAUUGAGGUGGUUGAGAAACAGAAAGAAGGCUAUGAGAGCGACGUUGUGGAACCUAAAGGAUCUGAUGAAGAAUCUGAUGACCAGGACACCGGAGCUGUGACUGAUUAUGAUGAUGCUAGUGUGGACGAGGACGAACUCCAGGACUCUGACUCUGAUUCAGUGUGUGACCUUGACGAGGCGGUAGCUGAGGCGGGAGUGAGAAAGAAGAGUGCAAGGAUAUGCAAAAAGAAGCAGAUGUUGAAGGAUGAAGACUCAUCUGAUAGCAGGAGCAAAUCGAGCAGCGACAAGAAGUCAUCUGACAGUGAAUUGAGAGACAGGAAGCAUGAUGAUGAGUCUAGAGAUUCUCAGCAUUCACAGGACUCCAGGAAUGCCGAUGACAAAGGUGACCAAAGCGAGGCCAGUGACAAUGGCAGAGAGAAGGGAAGGCUGCAGUUGAAGAAGACUCAGAAGUCUGGAGCAGAUGGAGCAGUUGCUACGAAGAAGAGUUCAGACAGCAAAAGCAAAGUGGGCCCCCUGGAUAGCCCGACCAAAGUCCCAAAUCCUUCCAAGUAUCCCCCAACACGCAGUUUCUUUAACGAGGAAUACUGUUACAUCAUGGAUGCCAAGAACUGCGGUAACAUGGGGAGGUACCUCAACCACAGCUGCACACCAAACGUGUAUGUCCAAAAUGUCUUUGUAGACACCCAUGACCUGAGGUUCCCAUGGGUAGCCUUUUUUGCUGCUAGGUACAUUCGUGCUGGAGUGGAGCUAACGUGGGACUACAACUAUGACAUUGGAAGCGUUCCUGGUCGCAUCAUGUACUGCCACUGUGGAUCUGAAGACUGCAGAGGUCGCCUCAUCUGAGAUUUUCCACUGUCUGAGGAGUCUCGAGUGUAAAAAGUGUACAUAACGGAAAAUCAUCUAUCAUCCACAUCAAUCUAUUGCACCAUAUGACAAAAACUGGGCACGCCCAAAUGGCUGUAAAUUUUGCCCUUUUUUGUCCUUUAUUUGGAGCACAAUGCGUGUGAGGCAUAAACUGGUAUACAUUCAAAGGCUAUUAAAACUGUUUUGUUAUGAACAGAGAUGAACAUCUGGUGUACAUGGAUAACAUCUUGUGUCAUAGCCAUCACUGGUGCUGGUGUCAGCAGUUUGCCCCCAUGUAUCUGGAUCUCAUUUGUAGAAAUGUUGCUGUUGAUGUAGUACAGAUACCAGUGCUAAACUUGCAUGAGCACUGUACUUACUGGAACAAUUUUUAUUAUUUAUUGUCCAAUGUUCCUUGUUGGACGUUUGCAUGGGUGUCCAAACUGUUUUGGCUCCUGUUUUGAGACAUCACUGCCACUGAGGAGCUAUUCCGUUGUAGAUAAUUCCUUUCUUUUUGCAUGUUGUAGAAUGCUCAAUGUUCUUGAAUGUUUUUACACAUUCUGACGUGCUGGAAUAAAAUGUGUUUUUAACUGAA